CGCAGCUCGACGCGCACGCGCGGCAUCACGCGCCACCGGUAGGGAUGUACGCGGGAGACGGGAUAUAUAAAUGCAAUGAUGGCGACAGCUGCAGAGGAGAUCUCAGAAAACACUGAGACACCAGUGUCUUUCAAAAGCGCAAGGAAAAACCAGGAUAGACCCUGGAAACAGAGCUUUAUUUAUCUGCAGUGCUAUUUUUUAACAAUUGCUACAAUACUGGGAACCGGGAUCCUGGGACUGCCUGUAACUAUCGCUCAGGCAGGUCUGGUGCCUUUCUUGAUAUCCUUCAUUGUAGGUUUUUUAGUGCAGGCUCUGCUCAUUUACCUGUUUGUAGAUUUGCUUCAACGAUGCCGUUUAGCCCAACUUCAAGCACUGAAGACUGCAGAAACGGAGAGGAUCUUAAUGGAAGAAGUUGGUUCUGCAGAACCACCGACACAUAAUGCGGAAGAGGAAGAAGAUGGGGAGGAAGUGGAAGAGGCAGAUACAGGUCUUCUGCGAAGGGACGUCACAGCACGGAGGCAAGAUGAAGACCUUCAGCCAAAUCUGCACAUGCUGGGAGUUCUCUUCCUGGGCAAACACACCAGCCGUGCAUUCAACUUUGUUCUGAUCUUUCAAUUUGUGUCUAUCGGGAUCAGUUACGUCCUGGCGGGAAGUGAGGCCUACGCUGCACUUUUUCAUACCAGUCAUGUCUACGUGAUCCCUGCAUUUACAUGGACGCUGUCAUUGGGGAUUCUUCUGGCCCAGAUCGUCAUUCAGCCCAUCACGUCACUGCUGACGCUCCUCAAAGGAAUCCUGCUGGUUAUUACCGUGGCCGUGACAUUUGUUGUGGGUUCAGAGGUUCACCAAGAGACCACGAAUGACUUCACCCAAAUCGGGAAGCCUUUUCUAAUGGGAACAGUCGCUCUCGGUGGGAUUGUCAACGUCAUGCCUUUUUUAUUUUCUGAAAUCUCCCAUGUUAAAACACAGGUUUUAUGGUUCAGAAGAGCUGUGCUUGGAGGACUUGCUACAUGCACACUCUUAAACAUAUUAUGGUGUUGGGCAGUUUUAGAGAUUGUUCCCCAGAUGGCCGUGGAGUCACUGCUGGAGGAGAAACUCUUAAAUAGCAGCGCAGGACAAACCGAGACGACUCAUCCAGCACACACAUUUAUCUACUCCAACAUCUCCCUGGAGGAGUCCGAAAAGGCAGGGGAGAUCGCGACGAUACCGCUAACCAAGAUCAUAACCCAGAAGUACAGUCGCUUCUCAUGGGUGGCAGAGCUGAUCCAGAUCUUCAUCACCAUCAGUAUAACCGUGAGCUUCCUCGUGAUGGGCACAGCCAUGAAGCACACCAUCGAUGGCCUGGCCGGCUCCCACUGGACGGAGACGAGAAUCAGCUCGAGGCUGUCGGCCCAGAGCUCUGGAUGGAGGAGCUUCCAGCACUGCAGACGGUUCUUCAGCAGUUUCAUGUCCUUUUUGGCUUUCGGCCUCAUAUUUGUCGUUUCUGCUUGCGAGCCGAAGGGAUUUGUCAUGAUGCUAGAUAAAGUGGUCUCCUUCUCCUUGAACACGGAGGUGGGCUUAUUCAUCUUCCUCAUGCUGAGAUCCUCCAGAUCCGAGCGCUUCAAGCAUCUGACCGUGCCUCUGCCCGCCAGCGAGAGACUCUUCAGGCUCCACUGGCUGCUGCCCAUCUACUUCCUGUUCGCCGUAGCCUACGACGUCUUCCAGAGCAUCCUGGAGAUCACCGAGAACGUGGGGCUCGUCCUCCACACCAAUUCUUCUCUUGGAUGAGAGCGACCGGAUAUCAGGUGGGACAACGUCUGCUGCUGAGGUCUCUCAGGAACGGACGGUUAUUACCCAAACAAAACACAGAUCACAGAACCUGCCCAAACCUCACAGUUCACAGCAUCUCAGAUCAGAAACGUUCUUUGAGUUAAAAAGGCUCCUCGUUCACGCAAAGCCGAGCUAUUUUUACAUCCUCCCACUUCAGUUUGAUCCAACAAAAUUGCAUGUGCUCUCGGAGUUAGGAGAUAUAUUUUGAUUUCCUCGACAAUGCUCAGUGAUUAAAUCUGCAUUCGCGCCGUCAAACCGUAACAACGUUCCAAGAAGAGCUGCCACAGAAAGAUCUUUAAGGAAAUCACGGGCUGUUAUUUAUCCAGUAUAUAAUUUGCGAUUUAAACGAGCAGGCUGGAGUGCUUCGACGAGGAAGAAAAACCACAGGAUAACAGAAUAAAAUGUAGUGAUUUGAUUGAAGAGGUGUAAGAUGUUUACGUGCGUGUAGAUCCCAUCAUUCAGGUUUUUAUACUCCACUCAUCGAUAUGAUGGAAUUAAACAUUCAAAGGCAAGAUUACUUCUAAUAUGACCGAUAUUAAACCGUUCUGGAAAUAGUGCAACCAAAAAAAGGGAAUUCUUUCGACAAACAAAUGCUUGAAAAAGAGUAAUAUUUAUCUAAAUUAAUUCAAAAGCUUGAGAUUUAAAAAAAUCUUUCUAUUUCAAGAGGCAUUAGAUUGGACAAAAAUGACAAGACCGUUGUUUUGUGAAAGAUUUUAUUUCAAAUAAAUGGUGCUCUGUCUUGAAAAAGGAAUCAUAAAAAAUAAAAACAGAUUUUGCCAUCUAUCUAUCUAUCUAUCUAUAUAUAAUAAAACUUAAAGAAAUAAAACUUAAAGAAAUAAAUAUUUUAGAUUGUAAUGUUUUGCUAUAUUACUGUUUUUAUCAAAUAAAAGACUUAAGCAUUAGAAUUCUCUAUUAAACUUACCGACCCUGAAGGUGGGUAGAAAAAAAGGUUUAUUAAAGUGCAAAAGUGCCUAAUUACGUAGACAUUUGAAUUAGAAUUAUAAAGCACAGAAAUAUCAAGCAACAUUAAGCAAUGGCAUUACUAUUUGGAUAGCGAGGAUAAAUAUGGAUUUUCUUUUCUGACUGAACUCUCUGUAAGAUUAGUCCCUAGUCUUGUUCAGUAACGGGUUCAUUUGUAACAUCUUUAAUGUCAAAUCAGGAGAAUAAAUACACAGCCAUAAUAUCAAAAUAUACUUUAUUUUGGACUCCAGAUCUGAUUCAAAUGACAACAGAUCAAUGCAAUGCAGGGGGGAAUUUUUGCAACCAAAAACAUUUGACUGGGGAAACAAAGAUCAGGUGUGGGGACAUCUGAGAACUCACGGGACUCAGAGCGAGCAAAACUGAGGUCUAAGCUGUACACCCUCAAACCGACCUCCAGUAGUUCGUAGGGGCUUUUUUUUCUUCUUUUUUUUUCUUUUUUUUUUUUGCUUAUUUACUUUUUUUUUUUUUCUUUUUUUUUUUAAUAGCUACAAAGAAAUAUGAAUUACAAAAGUUUUAAAAGAGUACAAAAAGUCCAGGAGACACAGAUGCAGUAAGAAUAAUGAUUAGAAAUGACACUGAGGAACUGAAGGUCGCUACGGGGCGGGCAGGCGCUGGGGCAAACACCCUUCUGAUGGCAUAGGCUGUAAUAAAUAGUGUUCAGAUGGGGGGGGUUCAUCAGUUUCAAAAUCACAAAAUACGACACGUUUAAAUGAUAUUGUUUAAAUGCGGGGUUAUAGCCUGAAAAUAUCUCUGUGGGGGACAAAAACGGAUUCAGGCAGAUUUUUGCACUCUUGGGGUCUGGGACUUUUUUUUCCCUCCUCGCUGGUCGAGGCAUUGAAAAGCGUCGCAGACUAAACGCCGAGAAAAACCUAAAGUUAUUAGACCGUCCUCAUGCAGGCGAUUACAGUAAGUGAACGUCAGCAUCCCAUCACAUAGCAGUGCAGGGAACCCCAAAAAUUACUUUUGAAAAAGCAUUAAUAUAGAUGCUUAGUCAGAUGUUCUGUCAACAGACUUGCUUUAGGUUUUGGGUUCUCCAACAAAAAAAAAAAUAUUUUAUUAACACUGUAUAACAGCAAAAAAAGGACUGUAAAUGAAAGACAAAAUUAAGUAAAUAAUCCAAUUAAAAAGUACAAAAGUAUGAAGGGUUUCAUUCAAAAUAAUGUAAACCUAAAGCAAGUCUCUUUUUUUCCCCCCACGUCUCAAACUGAGGAACAUAAUUGUCGGUCUUCUUUUUAGGGGGAAGAUCUACCACUUAAAUACAGUAGUAUGAGCGAACGGAUAUGCGUGCCUGUUUCUGUGGAGGUCAAUGUACCUCUCAUCUGGGGGGAAAAAAACAGGGUCUGAGGGGAAGAUUACGGUUACACCAUAGCAUAAAAGGAAAACCAAAGAACAAGAAAAAGAUUGAUUUUUUUUUUUUUUUUUUUUUUUCUCAUGUCCCCACA